AAACAGCUGAUUUUUUAUGGUUCUUGGGUUUUUGCUGGUGGUGACAGGAAGCCAUGUUCCCCAAGCUGUUCGCUUCCUGUUUUAUUUUUACACCCAGCCCGAGCAGAUCCGCAUGCCUAUCACAUGGGAGCUGCCUGCUUCUCUUGGGUUGUUCCUCAGCUGACCUAGAAAAGUGAUUCUUUCCCCUUCUAAAUUAAUCAAGAACUUGGGAUGUAUUUGCUUUCGCUUAGUCCUAAAGAUUUCAGACAUGUAUGAUGCUCCAUGUAGUGAGCUGGUCACACAGGUUUCCCUCUCCCUCUUGGAGCUGGACGAUCUGGGAGGGAGCUGUUUGAUGCUUCAACGUUUGGGUCUCUUAGCAAAGGAGAUUUUUGUUAGUUCAAGGCACUGACCUGCGCAUAAAAGUGUUUUCUGUCCAAAGCAUAACUUCCGGACACUUAGGUUUUCUUCAGGUUUAUUUUUUUUGGUUUUUUUUAAUUAGUUUUUUAAAGAACUGGAAGUUUGUCCUGCCUGUUUUACAAUCAACCCUGACUUGUUUCUGAGCACACUCCAGUCCUGCAUCCUGGUUAGAGCUCCCUCAACCUCAAACUGCUCUAGCACGAAAACAAUGGUGCAGUGUAAAGCUCAUCCCCGGGGGAUUUCCCAAGGGAAGAGGGGUGCAGCCUGCAGGAUAAGGAACAGUCACCAGAAAGUUUCCUGGUCAGCUGCAAGCGCUUCCUGUUGUUGCAGGAGAGCCCGGUGUGCUGCUCCAGGGGGGAGGCACCACGCGUGCUUUGGGAGAAGCUGUUCUGUUCUUUCUUUUUUUUGAACAGUGCCUGAAGCAGGUCCACCAUGCCGUUAGUAACGAGGAACAUUGAGCCAAGGCACCUGUGCCGUCAGACGUUGCCUAGCGUUCAGAGCGAGCUGGAAUGCGUGACCAACAUCACCCUGGCAAAUGUCAUUCGACAGCUGGGCAGCCUGAGUAAAUCUGCAGAAGACAUAUUUGGAGAGUUGUUUACUCAAGCCAACACCUUUGCCUCUCGGGUGAAUAUUCUCGUGGAGAGAGUUGACCGCUUGCAAGUCAAAGUCACUCAGCUGGAUCCCAAAGAGGAGGAAGUCUCCUUGCAGGGCAUUAACACCAGGAAGGCCUUCAAAAGCUCCACCACUCAGGACCAGAAGCUCUUUGACAGAGAUUCUCUCCCCGUGCCUGUCCUCGAAACCUACAGCAGCUGCAAUGCCCCUCCACCUCUCAACAUGCUCUCACCUUACAGGGACGAUGGCAAAGAGGCGCUUAAAUUCUACACAGAUCCUUCAUAUUUCUUCGACCUUUGGAGGGAGAAAAUGCUUCAGGACACCAAGGAUAUAAUGAAGGAAAAGCGGAAACAUAGGAAAGAGAAAAAGGAGAACCCGAACCGAGGAAAUGUGAAUCCACGGAAGAUCAAAACCCGGAAAGAGGAGUGGGAGAAGCUGAAAAUGGGACAGGAAUUUGUGGAGUCAAAGGACAAGCAUGGUCCUGCUGGGUACCCGUCGAGCGUGGUGUACCAGAACGGCAGCAUCGGCUCCAGCGAGAGCGCGGCCGGGAGCUGCUACCCCGCCCCAGCUCCGGCUGACUCCAUUGUGCCACCACCUCCCUCGUUCCCAGAUGACAGCCUGCCUCCGCCCCCGCUGGAAUUUAGCUAUCCUGUAGACAACCAAAGAGGUUCUGGUUCCGGAGGGCCCAAACGAUCCAGCCUGGUUAGCCCGAGCCACCCACCACCAGCUCCUCCCAUCGGAUCCCCCUCGGCAGCCAGGCCGGGCUUUGCUCCCCCUCCAGCUCCUCCUCCUCCACCGCCACUGAUGGAAAACGCCCCCCCUCCACCGCCCCCCAUGGGCUUCCCCUCGCCGGGCACCCCCCCGCCGCCCUCGCCCCCUUCUUUCCCCCCUCACCCCGAGUUUGCUGCCCCUCCACCUCCCCCUCCUCCCCCAGCCCUUGAUUAUUCCAGUGUUGUCCCAGCUCCGGGCACUGGGGCUGCGCCGCCCCCGCCGCCGCCGCCGCCCCCUCCAGGCCCCCCGCCCCUGGUUUCCAGCGGCCUGGACGGGCCCCCACCCCCUCCUCCACCUUCUGACACCUCCACAGCCAAGCCCAAGUCGUCCUUGCCCGCGGUCAGCGAUGCCAGGAGCGAUCUGCUUUCGGCUAUUCGGCAAGGCUUCCAGCUGCGCAAGGUGGAGGAGCAGCGGGAGCAGGAGAAGCGGGACGUGGUGGGCAAUGACGUGGCCACCAUCCUGUCCCGCCGCAUCGCCGUGGAGUACAGCGACUCCGAGGACGACUCCUCCGAGUUCGACGAGGACGAGUGGUCGGAUUAGCCACGCUCCCAGCCCUCCUUCCCUUCUCUCCCGGGCUCGCUUCUUACAGAAUCAGGUGGCCAAGCCUUGCACCGCAUCCUUCUCAUCCUGUAACCAAAGAUGUGCCAAGGGUUUUUCAGACAACCAGCAGCAUAUCUCCCCUCUCCCUCCCCUGCAGCUUUGGCAGGGUUCCGUGCUCUGCCUUUCCAAAGGGCUCCUCACGGACACGAGGAUGCGGCCUUGGGAUUUAGCUGGAGGGGCUGUAACGGUUGCUUAUUUAAAAGAGAGCUAAACCUCCAGAUUUUUGAUGCCACCAGGCAGAGCACAUAUAAACCCUCCAUCCUGAGGGAUUUUUAAAGUAAAGAUGGAUGAUCCUGUUGUGGCCGUGUGGCCUUUUGGAUGAAGGACAUUUUCAGCUGGUUUUCUCAGUGCAACAGCAGACAGUUGAUCUGAUGGCUCUUCCUUGCCAGUGAAUACUGGUAGUGCUGCAAGAAAAUGGGCUUUAAAUGUCAGUUCUCUGCUGCAUCCCACUGUCAAAUAAUCAGGUUUUUGGCAAUAGUGCACAAUUCUUUCCCCCCUGACCCCUGAGUAUUAAUUCCAUUUCACCCUGUGUGGGGUGUGCUUCCAGCUCCGAGGCUGCCCAGUGCCUUGGGUGCAGUGUAAGGAGGGACUUUUUUUUUUAUUUUAGAAGCUGCCUUUACCUUCCUCAAAUCUCCUGGACUGCUUUGCCAAGAGGAGACUUGCACAGAGGGACGUAAAACCAGGGCAGGAUGCUUGCUCAGCUUCCCACUCUUGGGAGAGCAGAGCCACUGCCCCACUGAGACACAUCUGUGGUCAGCUCUGAGCAGGGGCCAGACCUCGCUGAUUUUCUCCAAUCCAUGCUGAGAUUGUGUUCUAAAAUUCCAAAUCCAGUGCCUGGGACAGGGAGAUGGGGUGGGGUUCUCUGGACACCAGGCACUGUGGUGGUCUUUGGCCCUGCCAGGGCAGUUUGAGAGGUGCUUUUUUUAGCGGGGUGACCGUACUUUAACACAGGGACUUCAAUGCUGGUAUUGCCUUUGCUUCUUCUCCCUUCCCCCUAGGGAGGGGAGCUUGUGUGCCUAAAAACAUCAUGUAUGUGAACCGAGUUGCCCGUCAGUUACAUCAGACCUAACCUACCCUCAUUUUGUUGUUAUAAUUCAUUAGUUAAUUUUAAGAGAACGUUUUUUCUCCUCACUAACCCUGUGAAUUAAUUCCCAGGCUGCUCACUAUAGAUCCAGUACUGGCAGGGGAAAAUGGGGAAAUUGAACUAGCUGACCUCAGUUUUAUUGCUGUUUUAUGUUACCUUACAUAGAAUAUGAGCAUAUCUUGGAAAUCUAACCCAGAUACCCCUGAUGUGUAUUUUAAUUUGGACAUGACUCAGUAAGGGUCAUGCACAAAGUAAUUCCAAAGCCUUUUUGAGGUUAUGGGUCCAGCUGUUGUGGGAUGUGUGUCCCACUAAGACCAACUCUCCCAUCUUUCUGCCUUUCCUAAAGUAUUUCACCAGCCUGUGCCUGUCUCUCUUCCCUGCCUCGCCUCCUUUAAUGAUGUUGCUGAUACCUGGAACGCUGGGCCCUGCCCGAGGCUUGCUGGAAAUCCUGCUUGGGAGUUGAUGGAUGGCUUCAGCUUGUGCCAUGGAGUUCUUACUGAUUCCUUGUGUGUGUGGGUGUGUUAAUCCUGCCCGGGGCAGAGGUGCCCUGGAGGAUGGGCUGUGGGUCAGGCUGGGACCCCAGAGAUCCCUGGUGGCUGCACCACGGGGCUGUGCCUGCGGGCAGGAUGCAGAGGGCGUGGGCAGCCAGGCAUCCCCGUGGGCUGGCAACAUCAGAGCAGCAGCAGUGCCAGGCUCUGGGAGAGGGAGCAAACCUCUGGAGUGCAGGUGCUGCAGUGGAGAGACUGGGAAAUGCAAAGGGAUGGCUGCUGUGAGCUGGGUGAGGGGAUGAGAGAGGCAGUGCCAUCCUCCUCUGGCUGCUCUGAGAGACAAGUUCUGGGAAAAACGGGCCCUGAGCUAAGCCAGGCUGACAGCAGGAUCACACAGGGAGCCUGCAAAUGCCAAACCUGGCUGAAUUUGAGACUGCCUUAACGAGACUUAGCCCUUGUUGGGAAGGGAGAGCGAGUCCCUGUCGGCUGAAAUCCAGAGAAGUGCCAUAUUCCUGAUCGCCAGGGAUCACCAGCCUGGGUGCUGGGGACACGUCCCUCCCUCUGCCUGUUGCACAAGGGUGCUGCUGUGUGGGCAGGCCGUGGCUGGAGGUGGCUCCUCCAGGCAGUGCCAGGGACGCUGGAAACACCCUGUGCUCCCAAAUCCCAGGGCAGGACUCAGAACUGCAGGACCCUGAACAGAAGGGUUGUGGACAGGUAGGGGAGGUUGGUUGUUGGAGUGUUUUUUAAAUCUCCUUUUAUUUCUUUUUUUUUUUUUUUUUUUUUUUUUUCCUAAAUCGUUGAUU